CCCUCCCUACCGGCUCUGCACCUGUCCUCCCAACUCCCACCGGCCUUCCAGCUCUCACGCCCGCUGCAACUGCUUGUCCCUUUUCUUCACCGCCCAUUACCCUUGCCCCACCUCAACAACAGCUGGCUUUCAAUUUGCUGACCAAGAAGUCCUCAACCACCAGCUCAGCCUCUGUCCCUCCUCUCCCCACCACCCUCACAACCACUUUCUCUGCUGCUACAGCUGCUGCUGGGUCACAAACCAUCACCCCAGCCGCACCUGAGCAACAGCCUAUUUUGUAUGAGCGCGACACCACGUCCUCUGGCCCAAGAGCUGUCAUCCCCAGCACAGCCUCCGCCCCUCCCUACAUCACCAUCCUACCAGCUACUCUCGCCACUCAAACUGCUGGUCCCUCUGGGGAACCUGCCAUGACCCCAGCAGCACCUGAGCAACAGCUGGCUGUCGAUGAGCGCGGUAUCCCAGGGAUGGACCGAGUGGACGGCCUGGCAGAGUACUUGGUGGGGCUGAGGAGUAAAACUGGCCAAACACUGAGCAACCAACAGGCCA